AUGUUCCAAGGCUUCACGGGCAAGCAGGCAACAGCAAAUGCCAAAGACUCGAUCGCUUGGGGGACCAACAUUGUUGGAGGCGUGAGGCCCGGCCGGACCGGAGAACAUCUCGGGCUUCCGGUGCUCCCCACGGUUCAGUCAGUCUAUGCAACAGCGAUCUAUGUAGCAGCUCAUCAGGCCCCAGGUGCUAUCGAGGAGGCCAUUGAAGCCGAGGUUCCUUUGAUCGUGGCAGUAGCAGAGCAUAUUCCUCUGCACGACAUGCUUCGAAUUCAUUCUAUCUUAAAGACUCAAUCCAAGUCUCGCCUGGUCGGUCCAAACUCCCCAGGGAUCAUCUCCGCCGUGGGAAAGUGUCGAAUCGGAUUCCAGCCCUUGCCUUGCUUCUCGCCAGGGAAGAUUGGAAUCAUUGCUAAAUCAGGUACGCUGAGCUAUGAAACUGUGGCGUCAACCACGAGAGCUGGUCUUGGGCAGAGCCUUUGUAUAGGCGUGGGCGGUGACAUUGUUCCCGGUACAGACCUGAGGGAGGCUUUCACUGUCUUAGAAAAUGACAGUGAUACGGAGGCUAUUGCUGUAAUCGGGGAAAUCGGCGGUUUGGGUGAGCUGGAUGCUGCCGAAUGGUAUUAUUCCGACUUACUAUCAUUCUCGCACACAAACUCCAAACUCAACCAUAGGCCAAUAGUCGGGCUUAUCGCUGGGAUUCACGAGCCACGCGGUCGUAUCAUGGGUCAUGCCGGAGCUUUCACUAUCGCUGGGGAACCUGAUGCGAAGGAGAAGAUAGAAGCGCUGGUGUCUGCUGGUGUGACAAUGGUGACACACCCAGGUCAGUUUGGUGAAGCUUUCAAGGCAAGAUUGGGAGGGUCUACACACGGGGUGAACUCCCCAGCUGGUCGCGGCAAAUUGGGAAACCAGCGUAGACAGAUCCACACGGCUGUCCGUAGACCUCAAACGAGGACUCGGUUUCUAGCAAAGCCGUGCACACAGCAACGGCGCCACCUGACAUUGUCCGAGGACGACUGUAUGGAUCUGCUGCGCGAAGCAGGCCUUAACUGCGGCCAUUACUCGGGGCUAGGCACUAGGCGCUUCUUAGCCAUAGGGGUCGAUCGUUCGACCAGAUCACCGUGUAUUCUUGCGGCUCCUACCGUGGAUGACGAUCAGAUCGAGAAGAUGGUAAAACGUUACUCCUUCGACUAUCGCCACGGUCCAGACGAGCUUGCCAUUGAGCGUGUUGCCAGUCGCCUGCACAUCAGUCUCAAGGAAAGUGCCCAUGAAUCUCUCCGCCGUCUUGUCCACAGACUAUCAGACAUAUUUUACGAAAAGGAGGCAUAUCUGAUGGAGACAGAGAUUGUGGAACGUCUUGGUGAGAUCAAGGUGGUUGGUGCUCGCUUCGGCUUUGACGACGCAGCCUAUCGAAGCUGCGGACGGCAGACCGAGUUGCAGAAAUUGAGAAACACAGCCGUGGAGGAUGCCUCUGAGCUCGAGGCGGAAAAGAGUGGCAUUAUAUACAUCAAAUUGGAGGGUAACGGGACCAUCGGAACCUUGGUCAAUGGCGCAGGGCUCGCCAUGAACACGGUCGAUGCCCUGGGGGGCCACGCAACUAAUUUUCUCGAUACUGGCGGGAAAGCAACUAGCGAGACGGUCAAGCACGGCUUCGAGGUUAUCUUGAAAGAUCCAAGGGUCCGGGUGAUAUUUGUGAAUAUUUUUGGCGGGCUGACUUUGGGGGACAUGAUCGCCAACGGCAUCAUAAUGGCUUUCAAGGAGCUCUCGCCACGCGUGCCCGUCGUGGUACGGAUUCGAGGGACCAACGAGAAGGAGGGACAGAAACUCAUCGAGGAAAGUGGCCUCCCGCUUUACGCCUUUGACGAUUUCGAGGCGGCUAAGGCGAAGGCGAUAGAGCUAUCAAGUGCUUAG